ACCCUCAAGACUACAAUAACCGCAAGAAUGAGCACUCAAGCAUACUACGAGCUCUAUCGCGGUAGCAGUCUCGGACUCUCAUUGACAGAUACACUCGAUGAUUUGAUCAAUGAAGGCCGAAUCGAGCCACAGUUGGCGAUGAAGAUUCUGUCGAAUUUCGAUCGUUACGUUACCGAGGUAUUAGCCGGGCAUGUUCGGGCUAGGUUGUCGUUUAAGGGUCACCUAGAUACAUACCGUUUCUGCGAUGAAGUAUGGACUUUCCUGAUCAAGGAUGUUACUUUCAAACUCGAUAAUCAGACGACUGUGCAAGCGGAUAAGGUCAAGAUUGUUAGCUGCAAUAGCAAACGUCCCGGAGAGGCCUAGUCGGUCGAGUCGAGUCGAUUCGCGUCGUCGCAUGAUAUUCUACGUUUUGCAUAUUGCGUAAAAGAGAGCAGAAUGGAACAGAGUAAUGAAAGUACAUGAAACUAUUUACGAUGGGAUGGCGUUUUGGGAGUUAUUUUUUUGGUCAUGACAUGAAAGAUAAAUUAUUUGUUAUUAAAGAAAUCAGAUACCCAGCAAAUUCUAUAUCAGUGUGAUAUG